AUGGUCACCCACCAAGGCCGCAAUCUGGUGCUGGCCCCGCCAGUACAGAACUUCCUUCUCUCCGACUCGUGGAGCGCCGAGAUGACCUAUCCAGCGGAGAACGGCAUUCCCGCCAUCGGCGACAAGGAGUUCGACGCACUUGGUUAUAACGGCGUAAUAUCAGCAAAGUCAUUAUACUGGCUGUCACGCAAACGCGAAGAGGAUGAUGAAUGGACCAUUGAAGCGGAACGCAAGCUUGACGGUACAAGAAUCAUCGACACAAAAUGGGCCAACGUCUACAACCGCUUCUGCCCUCGGCCCCGCGCCCGAUUCUUGUGGUUCGACAAGCAGACUGUCAUCAAAAAGCUCGACACAAAGGAGAUGGGCGGGGCAAUUCUCGGCGAUCUCUCUGCCACGGGCUACACGCGUCGUCAUUUUCAUCUCUGGCCGGCGAAUGAACGGGUGGCAGAGACCGCUGCAGCUCUUUGCGCUGGAGCAAACAGUGUUUAA